AUGGCUCACUGUAUACGGACGUUCACUGAGGAAAUCUCAGAUUACUCCAGAAAAUUAAUUGGAAUUGUUCAGCACAUAGAAGGAGGAGAACAAAUAGUGGAAGAUGGAAUUGGAAUGGCUCACACAGAACAUGUACCAGGUACUGCGGAAAAUGCUCGAUCCUGUUAUUUUUCUGACCUACAUGAAACGCUUUGUCAUCAAGAAGAAAUGGCUCUCAGUGUUGUUGAUGCUCAUGUCCGUGAAAAGCUGAUUUGGCUCAAGCAGCAGCAAGAAGACAUGACUAUUCUCUUGUCCCAGGUUUCAACAGCCUGUCUGCACUGUGAAAAGACUUUGCAGCAGGAUGAUUGCAGAGUUGUCUUGGCAAGACAGGAGAUCACAAGGUUGUUAGAAACCUUGCAGAAGCAGCAGCAGCAAUUUACAGAGGUUGCGGAUCAUAUUCAGUUGGAUGCCAGCAUUCCUGUCACUUUUACAAAGGACAAUAGAGUUCAUAUUGGACCCAAAAUGGAAAUCCAAGUUGUUACAUUAGGAUUAGAUGGUGCUGGAAAAACUACUAUUUUGUUUAAAUUAAAACAAGAUGAGUUCAUGCAGCCUAUUCCGACAAUUGGUUUUAAUGUGGAGACCGUAGAAUAUAAGAAUCUAAAGUUCAGUAUUUGGGAUGUAGGUGGAAAGCAUAAAUUAAGACCAUUAUGGAAACACUAUUACCUCAAUACACAAGCUGUUGUGUUUGUUGUUGAUAGCAGUCAUAAAGACAGAAUUAGUGAAGCACACAGUGAACUUGCAAGAUUGUUAAUGGAAAAAGAACUCCGCCAUGCUUUGCUCCUGAUUUUUGCUAAUAAACAGGAUGUUGCUGGAGCAUUGUCAGUAGAAGAAAUCACGGAACUCCUGAGUCUCCAUAAACUCUGCUGUGGCCGAAGUUGGUACAUCCAGGGCUGUGAUGCUCGAAGUGGUAUGGGGCUCUAUGAAGGAUUGGACUGGCUCUCCCGGCAACUUGUAGCUGCUGGAGUAUUGGAUGUUGCUUAACUUUAAUGCAGCAUUUGUGUCAACCUGGUAGUUAAAAGUCACUUUGUACAUAAUACAUUUUAAGAAAUUCUGUAUCAAAUAUGAUAGUUAAUUUAGGAUGUAUAUAUAAGAAUCUUGGGAUGGAAACUUAAAUAUGUCAUUGCUUUUAAAAAUUAUUCCCUGUUAAGAUUUAAUGAGCACAUU